GUCUCUGUCUCAGUCUAUGCCUUUUACUCUUGAGAAUGGUAAUGAUGGGGCCCUUCAUCCUCCUGCUCAGCCUCCUCUCUCUGAACGUCAAGUUCUCUUUUAUUCAGUCAGUCAAUCUUCUCUCUUUGACUCAUUCAUGCCAGUAAGAACAAUUUAAUGGCCACCGCUCUCCCGGAAGUUUCACACCCGUUGAAGAUGUUAAUGUUUUGCACUCCUGGUGCCCUGUUCUGCGCUUUCAUUUUGCUUUCCAAUGGUGGUUUUGUCUUGUGGGGUUGAUGAAAGUUAGAACUUUUCUUCGCGGGGUUGCUGAAUACAGCUCAGGGGAUUGCAAUUCUUGAUCGUGAGCUUGUUGUUUGUCUGUAAGGGCUGUGUGGAUUCGUCGGGUUCGUUAAAUGGCUGCGGUUCUGAGGAGAUUCGUGUCCCUCCCACCUUCUGCUCCGGAAGAAGAUGACGAUCAUAGCGUCGAGUAUUCCAUAGCCUUGGAGUAUAAAGGCCCCCUGCUAUUUUCUGAUAUUCCACGGGCAGUUCCGCUCAACAUCGAUCAGAUUCCAACAGCUUCGGUCGUUCCGAGCAACUCCUGGUUUCUUAACUUAGCCUUGCCUGUAAUCAGUCCUGUCGGAAGGAAGGGCUCUGGUUGUAAGAAGACGGAGGACGUGUCAAACACUUCUCUGACUGUAUGUUCAGUUGAGGCUGAUGGCGCAAGCUCUUCGACUUCUAGUAGUCGUGAUGAGAAUGCAACAGUCCAAGAUUUGGAUCCGCCCGAGUCACCAGAAGUCAGCCAAGAAGGUGUUCGGUUUGAGGAUCAUAUGAGGUCGGAGAUAGUUGAGUUAGAAUCAGCACUGCGGUCCUCUUCUUCUAGCUGUUAUUCUCGGAAAGAGGAGGGCUCUGACUAUGGAUCACCUCACCACAUCCGGAAGUCGUCUACUGUGACUUUCCGUGAUCCUGACUCAGGUGACGUAAUCAGCGAUGAGGAAUCUGUUGUUUCCGAGCCCGAUUGCAUUCCUGUGAAGCAGAAGGCUGAGAAGAACGAGAAGAAAGGAGCAUGCUAUCGCUGCUUGAGAGGCAACAGGUUCACCGAGAAGGAGGUCUGCAUCGUGUGUGACGCAAAGUACUGUCGCAGCUGUGUGUUGAGAGCUAUGGGUUCUAUGCCUGAAGGAAGAAAAUGCAUCAGCUGCAUAGGUUUCAGGAUUGAUGACUCGAAGCGGGAUUCCCUUGGGAGAUGCUCUAGGAUGCUUAAGCGGCUCUUAACGGACAUGGAGGUUAAAAGGGUAAUGGGUUCUGAGAUAUCUUGCCCAUCGAAUCAGCUGCCCCCGAACCUUGUGUAUGUGAAUGAUGAGCCCCUCAAUCAAGUAGCGCUGGCUCUGUUACAGAGCUGCCCAAACCCUCCCAAAAAGCUAAGACCGGGACGCUAUUGGUAUGAUAAAGCAUCGGGUUAUUGGGGCAAGGAAGGACAGAAGCCCUGCGAUAUAAUUACUGCCCAGUUAAACAGUAUUGGCGGGCAGCUACAGAGAAAUGCGAGCAAUGGAAACACAAAUAUUCUUAUUAAUAGACGAGAGAUCACCAGAGAAGAGGUCUGGAUGCUCAAGGUGGCGGGAAUUCCAUGUGAAGGAAAAACUCACUAUUGGGUAGAUAAAGAUGGUUCAUACCAAGAAGAGGGCCAGAAAAAUGUCAUUGGUCGACUGUGGGAGAAGAGGAAGACAAAGCUGGUCUGUGCGAUGUUAUCGCUGCCAAUUCCUCCUAGUACUACCAUUUCUGGCGGAGAGGAAGGUGCUCAAAACAAGCUCGAGCAGAAUGCUCUUCGUAAGCUGCUUCUAGUCGGCCCUGAUAAAUCUGGCACGAGCACAAUCUUCAAACAGACCAAGCUUGUAUAUGGAGUCCCAUUCACCGAAGAUGAGCGCCAGAAUAUUAAGUUGAUGAUACAGAGCAACUUAUAUCGUUAUCUGGGAGUACUUUUAGAAGGGAGGGAGCAGUUUGCUGAAGAAAGCUCGAGGGAUGAAAGCUCGAGGGCAAAGGGGAAAGUUUUGUCAGUUGAACAAUCCAGUUCCUCAGGCAAAAGUAACCAGAAAGAGGAUAGCUUGAUGACCUAUUCAUUGGGUCGUAAACUAAAAGCAUUUUCAGAUUGGCUUCUAAAAGUUAUAGAAUCCGGUAAUUUAGAAGCCAUAGUUCUUUCUGCUAGUCGCGAAUAUGCACCAUUGGUCGAGGAGCUCUGGAUGGAUGGAGCAAUUCAAGCCACAUACAACCGUAGGAGUGAACUGGGGAUGCUACCUAGAGUUGCCACAUAUUUCCUAGAGAGGGCUAUUGAGAUUUCAAAGGAAGGCUAUGAACCAUCUGAUAUGGACAUCCUAUACUCCGAGGGAAUAACAUCUUCAAACAGUCUUGCUAGCACGGAUUUCUCCUUCCCCAAGUCAGCACAAUCGGAUGAAUCUAUGAACCAUUCUGAUCAGCACAAUUCCUUUCCGAGGUACCAGCUCAUCAGAGUACAUCCAAGAAGCCUAGGAGAGAACUGCAAGUGGUUGGAGAUGUUUGAGGAUGUGAACAUCGUCUUGUUCUGCAUCUCGUUGGCCGACUACGACGAGUUCUUCAUGGACAAAAAUGGUGUUUUCAUGAACAAGAUAUUAGCAAGCAAACAGCUUUUUGAGAGCAUCGUUACUCACCCGACUUUCUACAAGAAGGACUUCCUCCUGGUACUGAACAAAUUGGACCUGCUCGAGGAGAAGAUCGAGCACACACCUCUCAAUCGGUGUGAGUGGUUCCGUGACUUCCAGCCGGUUAUAAGCCACAAUCACAACAUUGGCACCUACGUCAAUGGGAACCCUUCAGUGGCGGAACGGGCCUUCCACUAUAUCGGGUGGAAGUUCAAGCGGUUCUUCUUCUCCCUCACGGGACGAAAGCUGUUUGUUUCUUCGGUCACUGGCCUUGAGCAGGAUAGUGUAGAUGAAUGUCUAAAAUAUGCAAGGGAGAUCAUGGACUGGGAAGCACAGGAAGUCAUGACCGGCGUCAACGACGAAUCAUCUACGAGCAUCGAAGCAAGCACCACCUGACGAUGUGUUUGGUAUACUUACGGAUGGACUUGCUCCGAACGGGGAUCAUGAAAAAUCGGAACAGCUGGAAUAUGGCACUCUUAUACACAUCGAAUACAGAAACGUAAAGGAAUCAUGUACAUCCAUCCGAGUGUAAAAUUGAAAGCUGGACUUGUAUUGAACUGUGAAAUAAUUUUUCGAGGUCGUGUCGAGUACAAUACCAGUAGCUGUCCUUCGAUGUGUGAAUUGCCGUGUUACCGCACAGUGAAAAAUCUAAACGAGCUCAAGUCUUGACAUUAGAGAUGGAAGAUACUCUGAAUUACAUACAUAGAUUGCCAUGGAUUGGUGGUUUCCUAUAUACACUGGACUCCACAAAGAAGGAAA